AUGCAGUUCAGCAGCAGCUCAUCUGGGAAUCAUAGAAAGCCUCAUUUUGGAAUGACCAUUUUAAACAAGGAAUCCUUGGGCAAGGAUCUUGCUUCCAGGUCACCUCUUUCUGCAGGAGAUAGCUGCAUGAUCUCUAGAAAGAUUAGAUCUCCAUCUCCUCCAAUACGAAGGUCAACAUCAACUGAUCGGGCUUCUGUAAUCAAAACCAAGACUAGAACUCAUACACGACCACUACAAAAACUACAGUUCCCUGAGCCUAUCUCCAUCAACAAAUCCACUGCUUCAGUGUCUAGAGAGUCAACUAGUGAUCUGUACAUACAUAAAUUUCUGCAAGAACAAGGCACUUCAAGGAGAGUUUUGCAUGAGAGUGAAGAUCAAUCCAGACAGGCACUUUCCAUCAGGAAAAAUAAGAUGGAAAGUAAGUUCAAGCAUCAGCGAGAACCCCAAAAAUCUGAUACAAAUUAUGGAGUCACAGCCGAGAAUAUUCAAUUUUCUGAAACUGAAAUGAAUUGUGGCCUUACCGAUUCCUUUUCUGGAAGUGCAAAGGUGAGAAAAUUUCAGUCCGUUGUGGCUAGGAUCUCUGAGAGAAUGGAAUCAAGAGUAAGCGUUCAAUUAGGAGAGCAAUUUCCGAGAGGGAAACAUGAAAAUAAGCCGCCGAACAGUUUAGUACAGAAUGGAGAAGAAGGAAUCAGCUGUAACCCAAAAGCUGAGUUAAGACGUAGCAGAUCUUUGCCUCGUGGGAAAUUUAUGUUUUCCUGAUUUUUUGAAGCUGUAAACCAGCUCAAAUCAUGACAUGGAUAUUGUACUUUCAAUCAAGGAUCUAAAUGGGUGUAAAGCCAUUUCGGCCUGUUUACGGUUUCUCUUUAGCAAAUGCAAAUCAUCUCAGCUAUCAGUUCGAGAUACAAAAUUUGCGAGUAAUCUUAUUCUUUUGUAUUAUUUUAACCAUACAAGAUGAUUAUAUAGAUAUAUUAGCAUAAUGUUUAGGCCA